AUGUCAACAGCUACAUCCUUUACAGAGGAACAGAAACAAAUUACACUUAAAGUACUUUCGAAAGAUAAGAGUGAAUUCUAUGAAAUAUUGCAAGUGGAAAAGACAGCAUCCGACAAUGAAAUAAAAAAAGCAUAUAGAAAACUAGCUAUAAAGCUACAUCCAGAUAAAAAUCCUCACCCUAGAGCCAGUGAAGCCUUUAAAGUAAUCAACAGAGCGUUCGAAGUACUCGGCGAUGAACAAAAAAGAAGUAUAUUUGAUAGCACAGGAAGGGAUCCAGAUGAUAGAUCGAUGGGAAUGAACUCUUCUUCAGCUUCAGGAUUUGGCCAACGGGGAGCUGGUGGCCAAUUCCCACAAGGAUUUGAAAAUAUGUUUUUCAGAGGUGGACCACCUGGAGCUACUGGAGGAGCUCCAGAGGAUAUAUUCGAUUUCCUAUUUAAUAUGGGUGGUAACCCUGGUGGAUUUGGCGGAAAUCAUCCUUUUAUGAAUGGUGGUGGUGCAACAACUUUCACUUUUGGUCCAGGUGGUUUUAGAGCUUACAAUCCUCCAAGAACGAGAGAUCAAAGGAACAGACAAAGAGAAGCUCAACGCCAGCAUGAUGAAGAACAAAAAUACAAUGAUAUACUUCGGGUACUUGCACCAAUCCUAUUAUUUUUCAUUAUAGGUGUAUUUGAAAGAUUUUUGAGUUAA